AUGAUGUCGGCGACGCGGGGAUUCUUGUUGAUACUUAUUCUGGUGCCGCUUUUUGUUGAAUCGGCCAAGCGAUGCUACUCGGGCUCAAAAGACAAUUAUAAGUCCCGGAUUUGCGGCCUCGGAGAGAGCGACGACAAAUAUGUCUGCCAGAAAUUCGUGUGUGAAGGUGGAAAAUCCCCAUUCAUCCUCCGUACAUGUGCCAACAAGAAUAUGGGCUGCUUGGCCGGGCCGGCCAUCUGCAAAUUUUCACAGGGCACCGGCUCGUGCUCCCGGUGUGAAACGGACAACUGCAAUAGU